ACGAUUUCAUUUCAGAGGUCGGCACGUAAUUAUUUCUCUUCCCAUAGAGCUAUUUUGGAGUCAGACGACAAGAUAUGGCUUCUUCCGCGUUUGCUAUCCGCCCCUAUGCCAUCUUCUUCCCCUUCUCUCUAUCCCCAAGCAAAACCUCAAACUCAUCCUCCUAUUCCGUCAAAGCCCUAAAUCUAGCACUUUCUUCAACCCCAGAUUCUGACCACUACGGCCCCGCUCUCCGCCGCGGCCAACGGCCAACUCCCUCCGAUGCCGGCUGCUACGCCCCCGAAUGCGACCAAAGCUCAAAUUUCGACCGCUCGUCCUUCUCACGAACAUUCAACAUCGCCGCCCUCCGUAUACCCGCAUCUGACUGCUCCACACUUGAGGAUCGCCUCCGCGGCCACCUCCUCAACUGGCCUCGUAUUAGAAACAUCGCCCGCGUUCCCGGCGAUGAUAUCGAACCUGACAUUCGAAACCUUCUCCGUAAUGCUGAAGGCGACGGAGGUCAGCGGCUCGUCUCACUUGCCCAACGUGCUGGUAGUAUAUCCGAUAACAAGACGGUGGCUAUGAACCCGGUGCUGUACCGGGAAAAACUUGCAAAGGAGUUCAAUUGCCGAGGGUUUUUGAAGUUUCGGAACUUGGCGAGGAUGUCGCGCCCGAAGAAGAAGAAGAAGAAGAAUAAGAGAGCGGAAGGAGAAGGGGUUAGGGUUAAAGAUAGAGAGCAAAAGAAAGAGUAUGCAGUCGUGGAAGUUACGGGGGAGAGUGAGGUGAAAGAGGAUGAUAUGAGCGGUUUGCUGGGUGCUGAUUUUCGCUCAGGGAGAUGGAGAGGCUCCACGAGGUUGCUUCUGCUUGACGAGCGUCUCGCGGAUAAGGCUCUUCAGGAGCUACCCGAAGCGGUUAAGGCAGUUCUGAAGGGAGGUGACUUGCCUUGUAAGUUACCAGUAUGUGAACUUAUACGGUGCCAGUUAACUUUGUUCUAUAACUAUUGGCAUAUGGACGAGGUUUUGGAGACUUUACUUCCUGAAAGUAUAGUAGUUCCGACUGGAUUUGAAACAGUGGGGCACAUUGCACACUUGAACUUGGGUGAAGAACACCUUCCUUACAAGAAGCUUAUUGCACAGGUAGUUCUUGACAAGAACUGGCCAAAAAUACAAACAGUUGUGAACAAGAUAGAUGCAAUUCAAAAUGAUUAUAGAACCAUGCAACUAGAAAUAUUGGCUGGCAACCAUUCCCUUGUUACUACAGUUGUAGAGAAUGGGAUCAAAUUUCUAGUUGAUUUGGCCAAAGUUUAUUGGAAUUCUAGAUUGGCGACUGAAAGGCAAAGGCUUGUAAGGUCUUUUACAAGCUCUGAUGUAGUUUGUGAUGUAUUCUCUGGUGUUGGCCCUAUAACUAUUUCGGCUGCAAAGAAAGUGAAGUAUGUAUAUGCAAAUGAUCUGAACCCACAUGCAGUGGAGUACCUUGAGAGAAAUGUAAUUCUCAACAAGUUGGAUCGGAAAAUUGAGGCUUUCAACAUGGACGGCAGGAGAUUCAUUGAAAGUUUAUUUUCCAGUCAGCGGUCUUAUCCCAUCACGCAAGUGAUUAUGAAUUUGCCUAACGAUGCUGUAGAGUUCCUUGAUUCAUUCCGUGGUAUCUUCAGAAGAAGAGCUAGGGCAGAUAGCUGUAACUUGCCACGAAUUCAUAUAUAUGGAUUUUCCAAGGCUUUGAAUCCUGAAUUUGAUUUUCAUGAGAGAAUAAACAUGGCGCUGUGUGAGACUGUGAUUGACGUCAAAAUAUACAGAGUUAGGCUCGUUGCACCUGGAAAAUGGAUGCUCUGCGCGUCAUUUAUUUUACCAAAAAAUGUUGCUUUUGAACAACCGAUCUUGGAGGGAGAAGGAAAAGAACAGGUUUAAGCCUCUAUUGCUCUUUUAGUUUUAAUGGAGAACAAACAGGGCAAUUAUGAGACAUCCACAGAGAAAUCCGAAAGAGAGUAGUUGACUAGUGUCCUUUUAUCAAAUAAUUUAUGUUUAGGAGCUAGUGUUGAUAGUUCUUUAACUCCCUCUACAUAUUAAAUAUUGUAAUUUUCAUUUUUUUUUUUUGAAAUACUUGGUUUGGCUAAAAAACUGGACCACUUUCCAGUAAAACAGCUACCUUUUUAGAGCUGUAAAUGAGUUUUGUAGUAAAGAGUUUUGAAGACGAUAGUAGUUACUCUCUGUCGAGCUGUCUUCAUCUUCCAUUUCUAA